UACGUAGAUGGUGCGUUAUGUGAAGCUGCUAGAUGUCCGAGGUUUCCGUGGUCGGCGCCGACGCGCAUCAAUGACAGCCAUUCAUUGGGCUCGCGUUUCGGGCCUGGAAGCGAGGGAUGAGUGCGGAAGAAUGGGCAAUCGCUCAGGGAAAUAGUAUGCCAGCACGAGUCUACAGUGGAACGAGCGAACGAGGCUUACACGCGAUGUCUACAUGGCUGUUUCCUGUACACAGCAAGCCCGAGACACGCAGGGAACAUGGGACGUCAUACCAAGGUAAUAUGCCAAGCUUCUGGGGCAGAAAGCGCCGGCCUAGUGCUAACGCAGGGCCUCCCACAGCCCCGAUCGUGCACGCCACGCCUCGGCCUUGUGGAUGGGCCGUGCCGAGUGCGCCUGAGAGACCCUCUUUUAGGAAUACCUUGCGGACGAUAGGCGGCUGUAAUCUCGCCCUCGGGCCAGGACGAAGGGCAACUGCAGCUGCACAUUGAAAUCUGCAUUUACACAAAUAAAUCAAACUAUGAAUUCUACUCUAAGCUGCAGUAACGAGAGGGGUAUAAGGCCACAUGGCAUGGCAAAUAGUAGUUGCAGGGUCGUCGCAGCGCUUUCUAGAUGA